UAAUUAAGAGGAAUUAGCCUUUCUUCAGGAGGGGGAUUACGAAACUGCACUGUAAAACCCGUAUGAUACCGAGAGCGCCUGUUUAGAGUCUAAACUGCUUAGAAAGCGUUUUCUUUGAGCUCGGCGGAGGCACGGCUGGAGCUGAAGCCGUGCUGGGCCAGGUCAGCCACUGUUAUAGCCUGUCUUUCAGGAAACUAAUUGUACCAAAACCGUGAUGAAAUUAACAACAAACGUCUGCUCUCUUUGACAGAUGAGGGACUAGACUCAGUUCUAAACUUUCCAUUACCGGUGAUGUUUCAACCAGCCUAAACAAAGUCUUAACUCUAUAGACCAUCAUCAAGUAUGGCAACACAACUCUUAUUUAACUGAGGGAAUAUUUUCGUAUCAUAUAUAUUCAAAUCCUUAGCUACUUUUAUGUGCUGCAUAAAUACAAGAGUUGGGCUGAAAGUAAAUGCUAAAAUUAGAAUUAUGCUAGUUACAUGCACCUGAAAAAUGCUACACUGGGUAUCAAAUCUUUUUCUGAUUUGCCACUGGCAACAGAGACCCUGCCUCUGCAAGCACUUUCUUAGCAUGUUUUGAACAGUUAGGAGAAGCUUACAAAAACCCCCAACUGUUUUGCCAGCUCACAGAGAAAGUAUCGAGAUACCUACUGGGAGGGAUAAUGAAGCACUUUCUUAUGUCACCAUUGUCCUUUGUCAUCCAUUUGACAAUGGCUUUGUAUUUAUUGUCAAAUUAUUUCUGUAUAAGCCAUCUUUUCCUAAAUGAAGUAUGGAAGUUUGGCAUUGCCCUUCAGCCUCAAAUCUCUUUGCCACUUAGGCAAAUGUAUUUCCAUUUUACUUGUUUGGCAAUUCAUUUAAAAAGUGAAACAAAUGCACUUAAGUAAGCCCAGACUUAUAAAAUCACUCGGUGUUCUAGCUAUGGUUAGUGAAGCUGUAACAAUCACCUGCAACAAACUGGAAAAUCAGGAUGUUGGCAGGACUAGCAAGAACGUAAUGAGAAUAAUAAAAAGAACAUAGCACAAAGUAAGAGACACAAAAGAACAAAAAGGGCAGACAGCACAGACAGUAAGGAAUUGCACUUAAGUCAGGAUGAAGCUGUAGAGGCGAGUCCUACUGCUUUGGCUGGACCCUAGAGUAGGAUUUUCAGGUGUGGAAUGGGCUUUUUUCCUGGUAAUCUAAGAAAUUUGAGUGCAAGGCCUUUGGUUUAGGGGCCAAAACCCGGAUGACUGUGCCAACAAACAGGAGAAAUGCCUUUUACCAGUAGGAUAAACUAAACUCACUAAGAUAUUUUGCUGAUGCUUGUCAUAGCUCUUCUUGCAAGCUGUUUUUUCCUAAUGAUCCAGUGAAGAUCACGAAGGCAAAAGGCCAGUAUAUGUAUGAUGAGAAUGGGAGACAGUACCUUGACUGCAUAAACAACGUGGCUCAUGUUGGGCACUGUCACCCUGAUAUAGUAAAGGCAGCCCAUGAACAGAAUCAAUUGUUAAAUACAAAUUCUCGUUACCUUCAUGACAACUUGGUUGAUUAUGCAGAAAGACUUUCAAAAACACUACCUGAGAAAUUAUGCAUCUUCUAUUUUUUGAAUUCUGGGUCUGAAGCCAACGACCUUGCCCUGCGACUGGCGCGGCAGUACACAAAACACGAGGACGUGAUCGUUGUAGACCAUGCUUACCAUGGACAUCUGACAUCUUUGAUUGACAUAAGCCCAUAUAAAUUCAGAAAUCUAGAAGGACAAAAGGAAUGGGUCCAUGUGGCUCCUGUUCCAGACACAUACAGAGGACUUUAUAGAGAAGACCAUGAAGAUCCAGUAACAGCCUAUGCUGAUGAAGUAAAAAAUAUUAUUGAGCAUGCACAUAAGAGAGGCAGAAAGAUUGCUGCAUUUUUUGUUGAAUCUCUACCAAGUGUUGGUGGUCAAAUCAUUCCCCCAGCAGGAUAUUUUCAGAAGGUUGCAGAGCAUGUGCACAAAGCAGGAGGUGUAUUUAUUGCUGAUGAAAUUCAAGUUGGCUUUGGCAGGGUUGGCAAGCACUUCUGGGCAUUCCAACUUCAGGGAGAAGAUUUUACACCUGAUAUUGUCACUAUGGGGAAGCCAAUAGGAAAUGGGCACCCACUUGCUUGUGUAGCAACAACAAAAGAAAUCGCAGAAGCAUUUGCGGCCACAGGAGUGGAGUAUUUUAAUACAUUUGGUGGGAACCCUGUUUCAUGUGCCAUUGGAUUAGCUGUGUUAGAUGUAAUUGAGAAGGAACACCUUCAGGCUCAUGCCACAGAGGUAGGCAAAUUCUUGAUGAAGACACUCAAGGAGCAGCAACUCAAGCAUCCCAUCAUUGGUGAUGUCAGAGGUUGUGGCUUAUUCAUUGGAGUGGACUUAGUCAAGGACCAAGCAGAAAGGACUCCAGCCACAGCAGAAGCAGAGGAUCUAAUAACAAGACUUAAAGAAAAAUGUAUUCUACUGAGUACAGACGGGCCAGGAAGAAAUGUGCUGAAAUUCAAGCCCCCAAUGUGUUUUAAUAUGGAAGAUGCAAAAUUUGUUGUGGAGACAAUUGACAAAAUACUAACAGAUAUGGAAAAAGAAGUCUGAACCAAUAGAAAACACCUAUUUGUUCCACCUGAGCAGGUUUCAAACAAUGUUCAAGAUCUACUACUAAGAAACAUUAUUCUACUAUAAUAAUGCACAUUUAAUCUUUAUCCUAGCAUGUCUCAGACCAGAUAAGUCACCUUUGAUUUUUCUGUUUUCAUUUAUCUUGGUUUUUAGUAAAAGCUCUAGGAGAAAUAAAUUUUACAAGAGCUUGUCUCAACUCUGGCAGUGUGGAAUUAGCUUUUAUUUAAAACUGAUUAUAAAGGAGGGUUUUUCUAAUGGCCACUACAAAAUACGUUUGCUAAAUUUAUGUACUUUCAGGUUAUGACUUUUUCAAAUUAGGAUGAACCAAUGGAUGUUCAGAUAUUUUCAAGUCUUCAGCUACCUAUGGAAACACCAUUCCAGGUGCCAGUACACCCAGUCCUUCCCAGGACUCUGAUGAGUUUCAGCAGCCAGUGUCAGAACAAGAUCCCUAAGUAGCACUAGAUUCAACAAACACUCUCAAGCCACCAGGUCAAGUCAAAAACUUCAGUUCCAAAUUCCUGACAUCAAACACAUGAAGGACAGACAGCUGAGGGCUAUGGCUCCCAAACCACUUAUUACAAACACAGUCUGUCCUCAAAAAAUAUCCAAGUAGGAUUAGUAAAUUUAGAGUAGUUUACAGCCAUAAGCAACAACCUUGUGUACAAGCCUUUACUUUCACCAGGCAGUUCUUUGUAUCACAAACUUUUCAUGCAAAGAAGAAAGGGAAAAGCCAGCUCUGCAUUUAAGUACCAGUAUCCUCAGUUCCUGCCUAAGGCCACAUCACCUGUUAAGGAAGCAUUACCUGAGCACCUACUUACAAAAACCACAACAACACCAGCUGACAAACUCUCGCUAGGACACAACUAGCCAAAAGGACUGCAGUACAAUGGUCCUAGUACCAUGCAAUUUUCCCACUGGAGGGCCAAGUGCUUGCUAGAAAAAUAUUCUGCUACCCUUUAUUUCACAUAAAAAAUAUUUAAAGUAUGUAAUAAAGUAUUUAAAUUUUAAA